AUGGGCAAGUCAGCUGAAGCCAUAACUCUUAUUAAACUUGUUGGUCUUUGGCCUCCCGAACCAAGCUUCUUCACCUGUAGCUCUCUAUAUUUACUGCUUUCCAGUUUGCUGCAUUCAGCUCUUUAUCAUAUUUGA